ACAUUUUUAGCCGACGCCAGCCACUGGAUAUAAUUUUUCCAGCUACUGUCUGUUCUGUUGCGCACUGUCACUGCCCUUUCCCUCUAGGAAAUCUCAUUUGCCAUGAUCGCUCUGAGCCAUCGAGUCUCGGCCGCUGCCGCCGUGCCGGUUGCGCCACUUUUAUAUCGUCUCCUCACUGUCUUCCGAUUGUACACGACUGCUGGCGCAGCCCAACCGCAGCUCGACCCCGAUUACUACUACUACAACGACAACAGCAACUACCGUGAGCGAAGCCGCAAUCGGCUUGCCAAGGCUCCAAUGGCCGACUCCGAAAGCUCGGUUCCGAGAAGAGGAGUGCACUGGGCGUUCAUAGGAUAUCCGCGCAUCAAGAAGCGCAUGUACGUUGAGAGACUCUCUGAGCUCCUAGAAGUCCCCUACAUUUCUAUGGCUAGUCUCGUUCGUCAAGAACUGAACCCAGGCACCUCUCUCUACAAACAGAUUGCAAAUGCUGUAAAUCGUGGUAAACUUGUUCCAGAGGAUAUAAUUUUUGGCUUGCUGUCUAAGAGGUUAGAAGAUGGGUAUUACAGAGGUGAAACUGGUUUUAUUUUGGAUGGAAUUCCUCGUUCAAAGUUACAAGCUGAGAUUCUUGAUGAACUUGCAAAGAUUGAUUUGGUUGUGAAUUUUAAAUGCACCGAUGAUUUCUUGAUAAAGAACCAAGAAGGUAGUAUUUCUGUUCUUUGUUAUGAAUUAUGUGAACUGGACAAUUCCUGUGGUACAAGUCCUGAUAUUACCUCACAUCAGAGUCAACUGAAAUAUUCCACUAUCAUUGCAGAAGGUGCCUGGAAAGAUAAGCUCCAAGCCUAUAUUGAGCAGAGCAAACCACUAGAAGAAUAUUACAGGAAACAGAAAAAUCUUCUUGACUUUCAAGUAGUUGGUGCACCUAGAGAGACUUGGCAAGGGCUUUUGGCUGCAUUACGUCUAGAACAUAUAAAUGCUGUAAAUUGUUCGAAGAAACUGACUUCAGGGUAUACCUUGCUCUAAACUCCCACCAUUCCCUAUAAGUGCAACUUUAUUGCAAAUACAAGUGAUGUGAAUAGCAUUACUUACAGCAGGAAAUAUCUGUGGUGAAUUUAGAUAGCAUAUGUGCAAUUGUCUUUUUCUUUUUUAUAUUGGCAACUGUAAACGAUUUUGAUGAUGCAAGUGUGUGAUAUAUGUGUUUUCUGA